AUGGAAUUUCCAUUUGAUAUAAAUCAAGUUUUACCUCUUGAAUUGACAAUAAUCAAUGGAGAUUAUCGAGUUCUCAAUCCAGGUGAAUCUAUUCGAAUACUUGCUCUGGAAAAACUUACGUCGAUUAUUGAUGCAAUGGGUGACGCUUCAUUUAAAGCACAGGGAUUAUACGGUCCGAUAACCACAGCACGUAAAUUACGCAUGUCCGAUCAUCAUUUAUAUAUCAUAAAGAAAUCCGACGAUAACAACAACAAGGGUUCAGUUGUUGGCAUUUUAAAAGUUGGCCCAAAACAUCUGUAUAUUUACGACACGAAUGGUCAAGUAUACGAACGAACGCCAUUGUGUGUCCUAGACUUUUAUGUUCAUGAAAGCAAACAGAGAUUAGGAUAUGGUAAAAAAUUAUUCGACACUAUGCUCAGUUUUGAAAAAUGUGUUCCACACGAACUACCGGUGGAUCGUCCAUCGAACAAAUGUUUAGCAUUUCUUCAUAAACAUUACAAUCUCUCCUCACCUAUCCAUCUGGUUAACAACUUUGUUGUUUAUCAAGGAUUUUUCACUCAAUCAGUCGAUGCAAAUUCCAAAGAGAAAAGCUCGUCUCUCAAAGAGCCAGUUCAAUCAUCUACAUCUUGGUUAGUACCCUCACAAAGACAACACUCAUCAAGUCAAGAGAGAAAUGAACGUUUGAAAAGACUCGUUGAUGAAAAUCGCUUGUUCGAUAAACGUGAACCAGUAUCAUACUAUUCGACAUCCUAUGACCGGCACUUCAAUCAAAAUGCAGCUGUACAAGAAAUAAAACAUAAUGCUCAAUCAGCAAAAUACACUCCUCGCUCAUAUUCUCAAGUGUUUAACCAAAACCAUUCGAACCAACACACAUCACUAACGAAAUCCACUACGAAUCAAUCUCAACAACGAACAACGAACUCUUCCUCAUCUACUUGGAGAAUUUUCGGUAUACCUCAGUGA